AUGCCUUUCUUUAAAGAAUUUUACAAUUUCCUGCUCCAUAAGACUCAAGGAAGUAUAAAAGAUGUUUUUGAAGGCAUCGAAUGUGAGUUAUGUCAUGUCGAGCUCUUCUUCUUUAAAAUGAAACGAGAUGGUCAUGCAUCUUCGGAAAUAACAACUUUAAUAAUUAUUAUAUUGCAAGAUAAUCAACUCACAACAUCUCAUAUUGCGUGUUGA